AUGAAAGUCUCAUUCUCUCUCGCCAAAAGCAAAGCCAAAGCGGCGAAACCUGUUGGUGACGCUCCAUCCCUCAAGCGGUCCGCGGCCUUCGCCUCGUUAGAUGACGACGAGCCAGUUGAUGCCGCUCCCACUGCGUCGCAGAGCAGCAAGACAGAGUUGAACAAGAAACUGGUUGCUCAGAAAGUGGAGAUAUCUAAGACGACGAAGAAACGCAUGGAGGAAGAGAUGAAGAUCGACGCCACUGUGUUUGAGUACGAUGAGGUCUGGGACCGAAUGCAGGAGGCGAAACAAAGACAAAAAGAGGCGAAGGAGACAGAUGUUAAGCAGCGUAAGCCCAAAUACAUCAGUAACCUCCUCUCCUCUGCUGUUACGCGUAGGCUCGACCAUCUACGGGCGGAACAGAAGAUGAUUCAGCGCGAACGUGAAAUGGAAGGCGAUGAGUUCACGGACAAGGAAGCGUUCGUGACGCAAGGUUACAAGGAUCAGAUUGCGGAGAUGCGGAGAGCAGAAGAAGAGGAGAAAUUACAGGAAGAGCUUGAGAAAAAGAAGAAUAAAGGCCUCGGCACUGGGAUGACGCACUUCUACCGCAAGCUACUAGAGGAGUCUGAGCAACAACACGAAGAGGCUGUUGCUGCCACAACAUCCGUCCUGUCAAAACCAGUUGUUGGUCCACAAGGCCUGACACCCAACCUCACGAUUACGAAGCCACCGGACUUCACACCGAAGUCUGACCUGGAACUGGCUCGAGUCGCGAAGGAGCAGGGUAAGGAGGUGGAGCUGAAUGAUGACAACCUGAUUGUGGACAAACGAGAACUCUUAUCCGCUGGCCUCAACUUGUCGGCUCCGAACACGCGGCGGUUGGGUCUGCAGCUUUCAGUGAAGGAGAGCUCCCAACAGGAAGUGUCAGUACACCGGGCUGUUGGGACUGCUGCAAGUAGGCGAGAGAUCAACGAGCGGCGCGCCCGCGAGGUUGCCAGACAGAUGGAGGAGGAACGAGAUCGGCUACUGAAAGAGAAGGAGAGAGAGGAGCAUGAAAGUGUGCAGCGCGUAGUGGCUAAGCGCAAUACCGAAGAGUCGGUGAAGAGCGCGCGGGAGCGAUACCUCGAGCGGAAGCGGCGGAAAUUGGAGGAGGUCGCUGUAGUAGAAGGUGAUCAAGAGGGCGCCGAACCAAGUUCGUUAGGGUCAUGA